AUUUAACUUUACCCCAUUAUUCUUGAGACCUGUUGUAGUCUCCUUGUUAGUCGGAAUUCGUUAAAUAUCCAGCAAACUGCUAUUAGGUUCAACAUGAAUUAAGGCUUAAGUUCCUGAACAUGUCUAAGCUGGAUGUAUAAACAAACUGAAACCAAGAAAGCUUUUGCAAAAGUUCUCUAAUAUGCAUAUUUUUCAUGUAUUAUCCUGUUGUAAUUAUAGAGGGACCAUUUGUGGGAUCCAGCAUAGAAAGGAAAUACAAAAAGAAAGAAUUCCUGGAUCCCAGAAUAGAACUGCAUUUCUAGUACAAUCAACAAAUGCAUGUUUCUGUUGGAUUAGCAUUGCUCUCUAUUAAUAAAGGACAAAUGGAAGAGGAUAAAGGUUGAAGGUGUCAGAAGUGAUUCAAAAUACUAUGAUCCUCCUAGAUACCAGCUAAUGAGAUGCUUGGAAAGUGACCCUCUUGACAUCAAAAGCAGUCCCUUUAUGUUUGUUAUGUUGGCCAUACAAUGCCAAACCUGCUACAAACACUGAAAUAGAUAUUCUUGCAUAGCAUGACUUUUAAUAAUAAUAUGAUAUGAACACAUUUAUCUCCUGCUCACUACCUGAUCAUCUUUUUUGGUACACACAGCCCUAUCAUUCGCAAAUAUAAAUUAUCAUCAUAGCAGCAUCAUUGAGUGCCUUUGAUCAUCAGCAUAUAUGUAGCUGAAGUUAGUUUCCAGCUAAGAAUGGCCUUGAAUAUUACUUGUAUUAUUAAUUGCAAAUUAAAUAUUUCUAUUGAUGUACACAACUUUCUAAGGCUUAUAAAUACCGCUAGUUCUCUUCUUCUGCUCAUCACACAAUAUGCAUCCUUUCAUUUACAUAUACAUCGUUCUUCUUUGCAUCAUAUCCAGCUUCUUCAAUUCCCAGGCAACAGAUACCAAAUCCCAGAUUCCGAACAGCCUUGUCCUUGGCCUUAGCCAUGUCAGAUCUCUGAAUACUCCAUCCAUGACACUACUGAACUCCACAAACUACGACUUCUUGGACAUCAUAGAACCAGUAACAGCAUACACAGAUGGCUACUUGCUGUCCCUGAACCUUGGCACACCCCCACAGGUCUUCCAAGUGUACCUGGACACAGGGAGUGACCUCACCUGGGUCCCCUGUGGCACCACCAGCUACCAGUGCAUGGAGUGUGUCAAUGACCACAGCUCCUCUAAGCCAACUCCAAUGUUCUUGCCGACUCAAUCCUCGUCGAGCACGAUGGACCUCUGCGGGAGCCGCUUCUGCGUCGACGUCCACAGCUCCGACAACAGGUUUGAUCCGUGCGCAGCAGCGGGUUGCGACAUCCCUGCCUUCACCAGUGGUCUGUGCCCAAGACCUUGCCCUCCCUUCUCCUACACCUACGGUGGCGGAGCACUGGUCCUGGGCUCCCUUGCAAGGGACUCUGUGACACUCCAUGGAAGCAUACACGGCAUUGAUCCUCUGUCUCCCGUGGAGUUCCCGGGCUUCAGCUUCGGCUGUGUGGGCAGCUCCAUCAGGGAGCCGAUCGGCAUUGCCGGGUUCGGCAAGGGCACGCUGUCCCUGCCCUCCCAGCUAGGGUUCCUGGGCAAGGGCUUUUCCCAUUGCUUCCUCGGCUUCCGGUUCGCGAGGAACCCCAACGUCACCAGCCCCCUGGUGAUGGGCGACCUCGCGCUGUCGGCGGCGACGGACGGCUUCGUCUUCACCCCGAUGCUGAGGAGCGUCACCUACCCAAACUUCUACUACAUCGGCCUGGAGGGUGUCAGCCUGCUAGGAGACGACGGCUCCGGCGCGGCCGCCAUGGCCGCCGCUCCCCCGAGCCUGAGCAGCGUCGACCCCCGAGGCGACGGCGGGGUGCUCGUCGACACCGGGACGACGUACACGCACCUCCCGGACCCGUUCUACGCGUCGCUGCUGUCGUCCCUCAGCGCGGCCGCGCCGUACGAGCGGUCGCGCGAGCUGGAGGCGCGCACGGAUUUCGACCGCUGCUUCAGGGUCCCCUGCGCGCGGGCGCCGUGCGCGGCGGAGGACCGGCUGCCGGCGAUCAGCCUCCACCUCGGCGGCGGCGCCAGGCUCACGCUGCCCAAGCUGAGCAGCUACUACCCGGUGACCGCGGUGAGGGACUCCGUGGUGGUCAAGUGCCUGCUGUUCCGGAGGAUGGACGACGGCGGCGGCGGUGGGCCGGGAGCGGUGCUCGGGAGCUUCCAGAUGCAGAACGUGGAGGUCGUGUACGAUCUGGUGGCCGGGCGGGUCGGGUUCCUGCCGAGGGACUGCGCCCUCCGCGCCUAGUUGCUCGGGCCGCCGGGCGUGCGCGUGGUUCGUGCAGUGCAUGGUGCACUCUGUGACAUCUUUUGAGUGCACGAUCGAAGGGUGUGUGUGUCUUUUGAUCUGAAAGUAGAGCCGUACGACAUGUACGCGUGCAAAGGCUGAAGCGGGCCGUGCUGAGUCUCUAGCAGAAAAGUGCGUCAAGUUGGGAUUUGGGAGUUGGCGUCGAGUGGAAUAUUGGUGCUUUUGGUGCGGAUGCAAAUUAAAGGCACUUUGCGCAAUUUAGUUAUUUGGUAA